GGAAAUGAGGAAUCAAAUACGUUGGGCGCUUCUUCAAUUUUCAAAGACAAGAUAAUCACGUCAAAAAUCAACGCUUCAAAAUCCUCCAAUCAUACAUCUUUUAUACCUCAUUCUCAAUUCUUAAUUCUCAUUUCACAUCUUUCCACAGAUCAAACUAUGCGAUGACUUCACUGGUAUGGAGAUUAGCGAACAACCCUUUUGAUUAAUUACCCACAAAACAUUCAGUUCAUAAAUUCAACUUAUGUAAAAUCAUAACAUAAAGUUUUAAAAAAAGCCCUCCUUUCAGUUUCCUUUGCUUCUCUUACCCUCUAAUUUCUAUAUCCACUUCACGCAAUCACUUCUAUAAUUUCACGUCUUCUCUCUCCUCUUAAAACUUCUGGUUUUGAAUGUCUUAGUCAACUGAUUAUGCAUCUUCAUGUGAAGAUUGAUCAUACCCAUCUCGAAAUUUUGGUGAAAUUUCUUGAUUUACUUCUGUAAGUUUUCUGGAUUGGAAUGGAAUAUUGCUAUCUGAUGUUAAUACUACUGGUAUAGUAUUUGUUACUUUGAGUAAUCAAUAUAUCCCACCUUAUUUUUUGGUUGAAUUGUGAUUCUGGGUGUGCUUUUGAUCUACCCUUUUAUGGAAAAACUGAGGUUCCAAGUGCAUUUUGGUUUGAGCUUGAUGAUCAGAAACUCGAAAUAUCCUGGUGAAUAUCGUUGAAUUCGAUUGCUUAGGUUGUAGUGCUUGGUGCUUUGUUGCUGUGGUUGGAUUCAUUGAGUGUGAAGGGUGGAGUAGUGCAUUGUGUUACACCUGAAAUGACCCUUGUAAAUUGAGGAAAUCAUGGAUUUUCAAGUGAGUUCUUCAUCUGAGUAUGGAAGAUUCGAGCAGAUCAUCGCGCAGUUUCUCCUUAAAGCCUUGCAUAUAAUUCUGGAAUCAAGGAUUCCAUCGCUAAAACUCCAAGAUCAUAGUGGAGACCUGUUGUCCAAUUCAAAGGCAAAAAAGACUGAUAAAUGGUUCAAUUUAGCGCUAGGGGACAGACCUGCGGCUCUAGAAAAGCUGCAGUUUUGGCACAGGAAUUUGAUGGAUCCAAUGGUGAUUGAUGUAAUAGUCAUUCGUCGAGGACUGGAUGACUCAUCUGGUAAUGAUUUAUACUAUGAACAGAUUUUUGAGGGGGGAGCUGUUGAAACAGUUAUCGAGAGAUGGGUAGUCCAGUAUGAAAAUCAUAAGAUGAUGCCUGUACAAACUAGUGACAUUUCUUUAUUGUAUAAGAAAAUGUACCAGAAAUCAAUCAUACUUUUCCGCUCUCUUUGCUCAAUGAUGAGGCAUUUACCUGCUUAUAAGAUAUUUAGGCAACUUAGUUCCUUGAGUCAACCUUCUGACAUUGAUAUUAUAUAUAAGGUUUCUUCGUUCAGUAAUCCCUUCUCUAGGGAAGAUGAGCAAAUGAUGAAGCAAUAUACUUUUAACCCAGUGGAAGCUGUAAAUGGUAGACUCUGUGUUUCUGUAACUUAUAGAUCAAAUCUGUCAGAAUUUAGUAUUAAAAAUUCAACAACAUUUCCUCCUGUAAUUAUUGCUGAUUAUGUUGGUAGUCCUGCUCUUGAUCCCAUGAGAGCCUUCCCGUCCGUUGAGAAAGUAUCUCAUUCAAUCUCAUUCUCAUUAAGUGGAAGUAGAAAUGCAUGUUCAACUUCAAGUCAACGUCCUCAUAGCUGGUCUAGCGGCAUCAAUUUUGCUGCUGCACACAUGCAAAAUUAUCCCCUUAGUGGAUCUCCACCUGCACAUCGUUCUUCACUUGUACCAAAUGAUAAUCCAUCUCUGCCGACAUAUCUCCAAGGCCAAAGAGUUGAGAAUUAUAGGAUGCUUGGUGGACGUCAAAAAAUUAACAGCUAUGAUGAGUCUCUUUCACCUCCAUUCUCUCCAUCUUCAUCUCCAUCUCCCCCAGCAUACCUCCCUAAACAUAAUUCUAGCCAGUCUCGACUUCGGCCAGAGUCAGCACCUGUGACCAUUCCGCAUCCCAUGUUGAACAGAAGUCCUAGAUACCUUUCUCCAAAUCUAUCUGAUCCGAGUAGACAGUCCCUCCCUCCGUUGUCUCCAAGGAGUACAAAACCAGAACCUUCCCCACAUGGGUCUCCAUCUCCCUCUGGAAACAGGUUGUCCAGAAAAUUAGAUGCAUCACGGUCUGGAGAGUUGUAUUCUGGGAUGACAAAUCUCUCUUUUGGUUCAAAGGUAUCUAGAGAUACCAAAGAGGAAUCUGGGCGUUUCUCUUUGUUAUCUUCUAGUAGCUCACCACAUAAAGCAUAUUCAAGAAGCUCAAGUAGGUUAUCGUUCCAGGAUGAGUUGGGUGUAUUUGAUUUCUCUUGUCCAUUUGAUGUCGAUGAUGUGGAUACAUCAGAUUCCCAAGCUAGUAACAGUCUUGACGCAAAGAAAGGACCGGAAUUCAAUUCUGCACUCUCAUUGGGCCGGAAAUCUCAAGAUGCUGCUGUUGGUGCUCUUGUUCAUAUGCUCAGGACGGCCCCACCGUUGCGUCAAGAUUCAAGCUGCUAUUCAUCACGCUCUCAGAGCGUCACACAACAAGAGGGUAAUUUUGGAACUGCUUCUGGGUUUUUUAUGACACGGAGGGCAUCAGAUGCUCUCGAAGAACUGAAGAGUUACAGGGAGAUGAAAGAACUUCUUCUCUCUAAGAGUGGAAAUCGAGUGGUUAACAGGGAAGACGUUCAAGCUAGGCCCUUGGAUAUCAAAGGGAGGAAACUAUAGAACUAAUGUCAACAACUUUGGUAUGUAUAUGGCUUGUUGAUGCUCACUGCAAUAGUUACAAGAGUGAAGAUGUUGGAAAAACUAACGUUACUUGUACAUAGAUGAGACUUCAAUUGUGUAUUCUUCUUUGCCUGAGUUUAGCUGCUUACAAUCCAGGUGCAUUGCUUCACAUUCUGUUUCUAAACCUAUUUGGCUGGCAUUCUUGUCAAAUUUCUUAUCUAUCACAUGCUCAACAGUGAACAUUGAUGUACAUUCGAAUAUCUAGAUUUGACUUUUGAGGAAUUAUACUCAUUUCAUCUGA